AGAAUCGCAAAUUUCAAAAAACCUUGGAGUGGAGUCAGUUUUUCGAGUGUAGAGAGUGGAACUUAGAGUGAAAAGAUGUGACCACUGCACUGGUUCAUGUUUGGUGUCGAGUAAAUGGAGCUUACUUUAAUAGUUCCAAGAAGAUUUCUAGAGUAUGUAGAGCAACCGAAAAAUGUUUGUUGCGGUUCUUGAGGAUAACUAGUGAUUAUUUAACCAUCAUCUUCAUCAAAUUUCUUCAAUUAAAGCGGCAAUAGCUGUUCUAGACUUUUUUGCUCUUAAAAGGGUCGUUCGAGUAUCCUUUUACGCUCUCUUUACUCUAAGAACCAGGACAAAAAACUACCCCGACUCCACUCUAACUCCGUGUUGAAUAGUUGAACACAAACCACACGACAAAAUAUCUGUUCUUACUCUAAUUUAACUUCGUGUUGAACCGUUCACGGAAAUUCAAAUUGAAGAGUUGGCAACAUUGUUAACGUGGUUCGUGGUUGUCAAACAACAUAACCUCAAAACAACAAAAAUUUGUAUUUUUGAAUUUUUGUUUAUCUUCAAUUUAAUCAUUUUAAUCAUUUUAUUAAUUAUUAAAGACCACAUUGAUCACAAGUAGAGCAAAUUGUGAGUUAAAAUGGAAAAGGACAAAAGCAGGGGCCUCAAACACAUCAAAGACAAGCGAAAAUACAAAGCCAACUCUACAAAGAACCCGAAAUAUCUGCCCCAACCCCAAAAACCGAAACCCAUUUUGGGCUCCAAUUGGGAUCGGUACGACAAUCAGGAUCCGGAGGAGCACCAAUUAAGCAGCAGUACAGACUUUGCUGUUUUAUCAAGUUUACCUGCUUCAUUAGGAAGUCAUUUUCAGUUCAAAAACGAACAAAUUGGCAACAAUGUGGAGACGAGUUUUAGUUUGAAUUUGGAUUUGUUGGACAAAAGCGUAUCGGGGGUGGCGUUUUAUGAUCGAAUAGGGAUAGGAAAAGAAUGGUUUGAGGAACCAGAAAUAACAGAAAUGAAUCAAAAAGCCCGCAAAAAUUUGGAAGUUUUUAAUGAACUAUUAACCAAAAAUAGCAAUUUGGAAAAUGAAGAAAUUGUCUCGGAAGAGGAUUGUUCCAGCACUAGCACCAGUAUAGAAACAAGUGAUAUUUGCAAUAAAAAAGACCAAGAUGAUGAUGUUUCAGAGUUAAUUGAUAGUUGUUCAUUAGAAGAAACCAAUCAAAAACCAGAUCAAGUAAGCGUUGACAAACCAGAAAAUAAUGAUUUGGAACAAUGGCUUGAUGAUAUUUUAGAAGAUUAAUAAAUUUAAUUUAAAAUCAAUUUUUUUAAAUUUACUCCAGACUACUCUAACCUACUCUUAAGCUACCUCAGGAAUCCAGAAGGUCAAUUUUAACCAGUUCCAUUGGUUCCUGGUUCAGCUAUAAUUGAUUCCGGAUCGAUUCUGAGCUGGUUCUGAGAAUUCAACAAAAGCCAUAAAUUCGAGGCUUGAAAAAUUUCUCCUGUACCAAAAUCGGCGGUAAAAUAUCUAGUAAUUCAGAAAUGAUUCGGAACUAUUCGCAAGCAAAUUUCAAAUUAUGUCACAAUACGAAUAUUCAAGGAAAAUUCCAAAUUUUGGACAGUUCUUUCUUCACGGUUCAUCUAGAAGUGACUCCGAAUCGAUUCUGAACUCUGAUUCUAUCGUUCGGAAUUUAACAGGAACCAUAUGUUCAAGACCUAGAUUUUCAAGUUUCUCUUUGAAUUUGGUUGCAGAUUGGGGCUUGUGUCCCUAUAUGCGAAUGACAAUAAAGUACCUGCAUUUAAAAUUUAAAAAGGCAAUAUUUUUUUGCGUUACACCGAAUCACUCCGAACAUAAAAAUCUGGAGUGCCUCAGUUCGACUUGCUUUUGCAUUUUACUAACAUAAUUUUUUGAGGCCUGUUUUCUCACAACAUACACUUCGAGUCUCGGCUCUGGCUGUUCGGGUACUAGUUUUUAGCGUAGCUAGUGACUCUGCGUUCGAGAAGUGAAAUAGAAAUCACUCCAAAUGUCCCAACUGCACGCUCACUCCGUGCAGUCUGAGUACUUUUUUCCGACUGUUCGGGCCUGGCUUUUCACAAAACUAUAAUGUCGGUUGCGGAUCACCGAAUUUUGAGUUUAGGAUGGUUCUUUGUUCGAGGUUUAACUGGAAUCGGUUCCGGAAGAUCAAAUUGAACCAGUUCCAUCGGCUCUUGGAUUUCCCAAUUCAGCUAGAAUUGGUUCCGGUCGGUCCUCAACGGGUCCUGAGGAUUUAACAAUAACCAUAAAUUCUACAAAUGCUCUACUUUAUUAGAAAAUUUCGAGUUUUCGUUUGCAAAAUUCGUAGACAAAAUUGAUUAUGUCGCUCGCGGAUCACUGAAUUCCGAAUUUUGGACGGUUCUUUGUUCGCGGUUUAACUGGAAUCGGUUCCGAAAGAUCGAAUUGAACCAGUUCCAUCGGUUCUUGGAACUUCCCGAUUUAGCUAGAAUUGAUUCCGGAUCGUUUAUG